AUGGAGACCAACAAGGAUGAAGCAGAGGAAGCAAUGGCGGAAGCCGAAGAGCUCUUCAAAGCAAACGACCUACGGGGUGCGAAUCGCCUAGCUUCGAAGGCCGAAACCCUUUUCCCGUCUCACCCUCAAAUCCCUCGUCUCCUCGCUGCUCUUCGCGUGCACAUGGCCGCUGCCUCGAAGCCAUCAGCCCCUACAGUAGCUUACUGGUGUGGCAUUCUCGGGUCGGACCCUAACGAUGAUAUCCGGUCCAUUAAGCAACAGUUCAGGAAGAUGUGUUUGCUAACUCACCCUGAUAAGAACUCCUCGGCCGCUGCUGAGGGCGCGUUCAAGCUCGUCACUAAUGCUUGGGACUACUUGUCAAAAUAUGCUUCAAGUUCGGAUAAGGGUUCGAAGGCUAAUUCUGGUACUUCUUCGAAUCAAAAUGCCAAUCACAGUGGUGCUCAGGAUUCUGAUUCAGGUUCUGGUUCUGGCUCUGGCUUUUAUACCUCUUCGGACAAAUCUAAUAAUAGUCACAACAGCAGUCAUAGUAGUUCUUCCAAUGCUAAUGACCAGGGUGCCAAGACUAACUUUGGUUCUGGUACUUCUUCGAAUCGAUCCAAGGAACAAACUUCUAAUGGUAAUCAAAAUGGCAAUCAUAGUGGUGCCCAGGAUUCUGGUUCUAGUUCUGGUUUUGGAUCUGGCUCUUACACUUCUUCUGACAAAUCUAACAAGCACCAUUCAUAUGAUAACUACAGUAGCAAUCAAAACAGCCAACAAAGUUCUUAUGAUACCGGUUCCGGUUUUCAUACUUAUUCGGAGAAAUAUGAUAACAAAAAUUCAGACGAUAAUCACAAUAGCAAUGGCAAUGCUGGUCAGGAUACUAAGACCGAUUUCGGUUCUGAUACGUCUUCAAAUCAGUCUGAUGACAGUAGCAAUCAGAGUGGUUUUUGUUUUAGGACGGAUUCCAAUCAGGAUGAAUCAGUGGUGCUCAGGAUUCUGAUACUUCUUGUCACUAAUGCUUGUAACUACUUAUCAAAAUAUGUUUCUGGCUCUGGCUUUUAUACCUCUUCGGACAAAUCUAAUAAGCACAAUUCCCAUAAUAGCCACAAUAGCAGUCAUAGUGGUUCUUACAAUGCUAAUGACCAGGGUGCGAAGACUAACUUUGGUUCUGGUACUUCUUCAAAUCGAUCCGAGGAACAAACUUCUAGUGGUAAUCAAAAUGGCAAUCACAGUGGUGCCCGGUAUUCUGGUGCUAGUUAUGGUUUUGGAUCUGGUUCUUACACUUCUUCGGACAAAUCUAACAAGCACCAUUCCUAUGAUAACUACAGUAGCAAGCAAAACAGCCAACAAAGUUCUUAUGAUACCGGUUCUGGUUUUGGUUCCGGUUUUCAUACUUAUUCGGGGAAAUAUGAUAACAAAAGUUCUUAUGACAGUAGCAAUCAGAGUGGUUUUGGUUCUAGGACGGACUCUACACAAUCUUUUAGUGCUGUCUUUGGUUCUGCAAUCAAGAUUAAGAUACACUUGAAGAAGCAGGAAACGGAGCUUGUGAGAAAAAUGUUCUCGUGGUCGCUCAAAGAUGUCUUUAAUAAAUAUCUGUUUAAGGAGAAGGUGAAAAAUAUUCCAGAAACAUUUUCGUCUUUGGGGCAAUACUUAAGUUCCUAUACAUAUCCACUGCUUGAAGAAAUGCGUGCCGACCUAUGUUCAUCUCUGGAAGUCUUAUCUAAAGCUCCUUUUAUCAGAAUACAUUCUCUUCGAGAAGUUAGAUCACUUGAAAAGACAUACAUUAUUGAGCUUGGAAACAGAGAAAACUCAGUUGGAAAGGAAUCAUACACUCCAAUGGUAGCUGAUAUAUUUGUGUUAUCUGAACUGAGACCAAGACGUGCAUCUGAUCUUACUAGAAAUGGGAGACUGUAUACACUUGCUUUGGUUGUCAAAGGUGGAGGUAGUGAAGGACCAACAGCGAAAAGGUUCGUUAUCAAAACAUCGCAGGAAGUUCCAGUUUAUAGUAGAGAGAAGGAGCCAAGAAAGUCUCUAUUUGCAAUUUACUUGUCAUCCGUGAACUCAUAUAAUCGUAUUUGGAAAUCGCUGGAUUUCGAUACGGUACGGAAUAAAAAUGCUAGUAUUAUCAAAAUGGUCUGGGAGUAUAACCCUUUGGAUGCAGAUGAAUGUUCAUCAUCAUCAGGUGCCGCCUUUAGUGAAUUAAAUGUAACACUUGGUUUAGACAGGUUCAAGCUCAAUGAUUCACAACUGAAUGCUGUAUUGGAUUGUCUCUCUGAAAGUGAUCAACAUGGGAAAAAGUCUAUUAAACUUAUAUGGGGCCCUCCUGGAACUGGUAAAACCAAAACUAUCAGUUCUCUGUUAUGGGCUUUCCUAACAAAGAAAUGCAGAACUCUUUCAUGUGCACCAACAAAUACUGCUGUUAAGGAGAUAGCUUCGAGACUACUUAGAUUAGUGAAAGAAUCAUCAAGUAGCAAGAAUUGCUCUUUGGGGGAUAUUGUUUUAUUUGGAAACGAGAGCCGGAUGAAGAUCAUUGAUGAUCUCAGUGAAAUAUUUCUAGAUGAUCGUGUUACCAGACUUUCAAAGUGUUUUUCACGUUCAACUGGCUGGAGCUAUUGCCUGAUCUCGAUGAUGAAUUUUCUUGAGAGUGCUAUUUCUCACUAUGAAAUGUAUUUGGAAGAAGUAGACAAGCAAGAGAAGGAGAAGAAAGAAAAUGAGAAGAAAGCGAAAGGGAAGAAAGAAAAGGAGAAGAAAGAAAAGGAAUCUAUAGUAAGAUUGACGCUUAAGGAGUUCAUACUAAAGCGGUUCUCUACUCUUGCGCAAGGCUUGAGUUUUUGCAUGAGAACACUGUCUAUGGAUCUACCGAGAUCUUCUACUUCCGAGAAAAACUUCAGUGACAUGAAUCUUCUACUCGAGGGUAUAGAUAUCACUGGGACCUUGUUGAGAUCAAAAGAUAUUACAGACAAAAUGCUUGAUGAAGUAUUUAAAAUGUCGACAGAAGAAGAGGAUUGCAACAUAUAUGAGUGGCAUCACAUAAAAGAGGGUACAGCUGCAAAAACUAAGUUAAGGAGAACCAGAAGUAUAUGCAUUCAGAUUCUAAGGACCCUUAAUAGUAAUCUUCAUCUCCCCAAUACAUUUGUCAGACAAUCGAUUCAAAAUUUCUGUUUGAGGGGGGCAAUCAUUAUUUUCUGCACAUCUUCUAGUUCAUUUCGAUUACAUAAUGUGAAGAUGAAAAAACCUUUGGAAUGUUUGGUGGUUGAUGAGGCUGCACAAUUAAAGGAAUGUGAGUGUUUAAUCCCCUUACAGCUCUCUCGGAUUCAACAUGCCAUUUUCAUCGGUGAUGAGUACCAACUUCCGGCGAUGGUUAAAAGUCAGGCUUCUCAAAAUGCUGCCUUUGGAAGAAGUCUCUUUGAGAGACUGAGCUCACUUGGGCACAAGAAACACCUCCUUGAUGUUCAAUACAGGAUGCAUCCUUCUAUCAGUAGAUUUCCCAGCUCAAAUUUCUACAAUGAUAAAAUCUCAGAUGGUCCUAACGUUAUAUGUGAUAGCUAUCGGCAGUGUUAUUUACCUGGACCAAUGUAUGGUCCCUAUUCUUUUAUAAACAUUGCCAUAGGAAAGGAAGAAACUGAUACUAAUGGGCGUAGUCUCAAGAAUAUGAUCGAGGUUGCUGUAGUCAUGCAAAUUCUCAAGAACCUAUAUAAAUCAACAUUCACCACGGGAAAACAACUUAGCAUCGGCAUCAUAUCACCAUACACAGCUCAAAUAUGUGCAAUUCAAGACAAGCUUAAGAACAUGUAUUUUCCGUCUAGUGAAAUCUCUGUGAAAGUUCAGUCUAUUGAUGGAUUUCAAGGUGGAGAAGAGGAUAUUAUAAUUAUUUCUACAGUGAGAUACAACAAAGGUGGACGCGUAGGCUUCCUUUCUAACCUCCAAAGAACAAAUGUGGCUUUGACAAGGGCAAAGCAUUGCUUGUGGGUUUUAGGCAACGAGACGACCUUGAUUAGAAGCAGAUCAGUUUGGGAGAAAAUAGUACGAGAUGCAAAGAGUAGGGGUUGUUAUUAUAAUGCCAGAGACGACAAGAGCCUGGAUGAGGCCAUCAUCGAGGCUGCUGUUGAUCUUGAUGAACUGGGGGAUUUGCUGAAUAUGGGUAAAGCAAGUUGGAAGAAAUCUGAAAGAUCAUCAAGCUCAAAUUCACAGUCUGGUUUCGGCAGAGGAAGGAAUAACUACAGAAAUGGUUUUCAGAGACGGUGAUCCUUUUAGGUUGAAACUGUUGCUUGUCUCAAACAAGGAAAUCUGGUUGCUGAAGGAACAAUUGAAAUGCAGCAUUGUAGUCACUGCCGUAUGCCUAUUUUUAGCUAUUUUAGUAUUGGUGUAAGCCUAUUUAAGGCUUUGAUUGAUUUGUUUAAGGGUGUGAUUGCAGUUAAUGAAAAGCAACUUUACUUUCUUCCCAACAAUAUUGUGAGUUUUUGUAUUUAAAACAAAUCAAAAGAAAGAG